GCCCAAUCGAAAUUAGACCUUUAUUAUUACUUUUUUCUUUUUUCUCUUCCGAUCUCUUGGAAUUGAAUUGAAUCGAAUAGAAUCAAAUCGCAAAGAAAAAUAAGAGAAGAACCGAAGCCGGAGGAGAUGAUCGUCUGCGUCGCCGUCGUUGGCCAUCAGAACAAUCCACUCUACAUACAGAGCUUCACCGAUGCCGAUGACGCUCUGAAGCUUCAUCAUAUCGUCCAUUGUUCCCUCGAUGUUGUUGAUGAGCGAGUGAACAAUCCUAAAAAGUCUGGACCAACAUUGAACGAGACAUUUUUGGGUCUGCUUUAUCCUACUGAGAAUUACAAAGUUUAUGGCUACUUAACCAAUACAAAGGUCAAGUUUAUCUUGGUGACAACAGAUUUAGAUGUCAGAGAUCCAGAUGUUAGAAAUUUUUUUAGGAGAUUUCAUGCUGCUUAUGUAGAUGCAGUUUCAAACCCAUUUCAUGUGCCAGGCAAAAAGAUAACCUCCAAAACUUUCGCAGAAAGGGUGAGUACCAUUGUUAAGUCAUUUGGGUUGAAUGCUGCUGUGUGAAUGGAGGUGGAUUGGAGUUGAAUUUUGUAGGGUCUUGCCUUAUCAAGUUGGUGGAUUAUUUUGUUAUUUGGUCUCUUCUCCUGAGGAAUUGGGCAUGUUUUUAAUUCUUGCUCGAGAGGCACUAGAUAGUGUUUGUAUCACUUAUUAUUGAAGUUGUACCAAAGUUAACUAGGGAUUUAUUUUGUUUUAAAAGUAAAAAAAGAAGAAAAACAGUGAAUGCUAACUGUUAUUUUCCCAUUUCUGAUUAUAAAUACGUAAUUCUUGUGUA